AAAGAAUGAUCAAACAGAAAAGGACUGGCUUCAUAUGUACGUACAAGUAGUUGAUUUUGUCGAAAGAGUUGCAUUGAGUGAACCAAAAUGGAGAAUGCAAUCCGAACUCACCGAAACUCUCAAGACAAAAACGAGACGGUCGGCCACAUUUUGAUCAUCCCCUGCCCUCUCCAAGGCCAUGCAGCACCCCUCAUGAAACUCUCACACCAAAUCAUCAAACUCGGGACUAAUGUCACGUUCCUCACAACGGAUUUGAUUCAUGCGCGGCUGACUGAGUCAAAGAGCUGGGAUCAGGGAUUAUGGGUAAUCUCGAUUCCUGAUGGCCCGGAAUUUCAAAGUGGCUGCAAAGAUCAGGUGCAACUUCAUGCAGGUCUCCAGAGAGUGAUGCCUGGUUAUUUGGAGAAUUUGUUGAAGGAAGCUAAUCAAUCCUCCAAGAUGGAUGAUAGUAUAUGUGGUGUCAUAGUUGAUGCACCAAUGGCUUGGAUGAUGGAAAUACCUAAGAAGAUGGGAAUAAAGGUUGCAGUAUUUUGGUGCUCUACUCCAGGAUGCUUGGCUUUAGGGUUCAAGAUUCCAGAGCUUCUUGAGUCUAAAUUCAUUGACAGUGAUGGCACUCCAUUACACAAUGAGAACAUCCAAUUGCUGCCAAGCUUGCCAGCCAUGAAUAUAACUGAUCUUGUAUGGUACUUCCCAAGUGAUCCAAACACACAAAAAUCAAUGUUUCACGUUAUCAAAGACAUCAUGCGUCACAUGCAAAAUGCAAAUUGGGUUCUAUGCAACUGGUUCCAAGAACUUAAUCCUGGAGCCUCUAAUUUAUCACAAAACAUCUUAUCAAUCGGUCCGUUACUUGCCAACGGUCAAUCCAGUGGAAGCUUUUGCUCCGAAGAUUCCACUUGCCUAUCCUGGCUUGACAAACAUCCUAAAAGUUCAGUAGUGUAUGUUGCCUUCGGCAGCACAUCAAGGUUCAGCCAACAACAACUUGAUGAACUAGCACUCGGUCUUGAGAUCAUGGGCCGACCCUUCUUGUGGGUGGCCUGGUCAGGCCUAAAAGAUGGGUCAUCCCCAGCUUACACGAACGAGUACACAGAACGUGUGGCCGGCCGUGGAAAAAUUGUGGAAUGGGCACCACAGGAGGCUGUUUUAAGCCACCCGUCGACAGCCUGUUUCGUAACACAUUGUGGUUGGAGCUCAUUCAUGGAGAGCUUGAUCAUGGGGGUCCCUCUGCUUUGCUGGCCUUAUUUUGGGGAUCAGUUGUAUACAAGGACUUGUGUGUGUGAUGCAUGGAGGGUUGGGAUGAGAUUGAAGCCUGAUGAAGGUGGGCUUGUAUCUAGGUAUGAGAUUAAGAACAUGGUGGAGGAGGUUCUGUCUGAUGGGAGUGUAAGAGAGAAUGUGUUGAGGUUGAAGGGAAUGGCUAGAAAUAGCAUCAGCAAAGGAGGAUCUACUUUGGUUAACUUGGAAUAUUUCCUAAAGCAAAUCAAGUGUUAGAGGUAGGGUAGUUUUUUCAUUGGUUGGUGGAAUUACAUAUGACGAAAAAUUUGGACAAUAUAUCAUUACUGCAUGUGUAAUGCAAAGAGU